UUUUUUUUUUUACUUUUUAUUCAUAUACAUAUCAAAAAUGGAUUUUCAAAACCGAGUAGGUAGUAAACAUCGAGGUGGUGGUAUGGCCAGUCAAUCAGAAUCCAAUGUUGACCGACGAGAACGACUACGAAAGUUAGCGAUGGAAACAAUCGACAUUAACAAAGAUCCAUACUUUAUGAAGAAUCAUCUUGGGUCUUACGAAUGUAAAUUAUGUUUGACACUACACAGCAAUGAAGGAUCUUAUUUGGCACACACACAAGGUAAAAAGCAUCAAACGAAUCUUGCUCGUCGAGCCGCCAAAGAAGCUCGUGAAUCAGCACCAUUCCAACCCCCCGUCGGUCCACCCAAACCUGUUACUACGACAAAACGAGCAGCUGUGAUCAAGAUUGGUCGACCUGGUUAUCGUAUUACCAAGAUCCGUGAUCCCACCACUCGACAAUUAGGCAUGCUUUUCCAAAUCCAAUACCCACAAAUUGCUCAUGAUGUGAUUCCUCGUCAUCGAUUCAUGUCCGCCUAUGAACAACAUAUUGAAACACCCAACAAAAGUCAUCAGUAUCUCUUGAUUGCCGCUGAACCUUAUGAAACCAUCGCUUUCAAAAUCCAAUCAAAGGAAAUAGACAGAAGCCCCGGGAGAUUUUGGACGCAUUGGGAUCAAGAUGGAAAACAAUUCUCUUUACAAUUCUUUUUUAAACACAACGUCGCCAUGUUUGAAGGUGUAGGUGCGCCUGUGGAUACUGCCAUCGCUGCUCAAUAGGAUAAGCAAUAGAUUGGAUUUCUUUUUUUUUUAUUUAUUCAAAUCAAUCACAACUAUCCAUGUCUUUUUUUUAAGUACAUCCUUCUUCUUUUAGUUAUUCAUAUAGUUCCUUGUUGAUUAUUUAUUUUAUACAUAUUUUUCUCACACCAUGUACAGUCCUUAAUUUUUUUUUUUUUCAAUAAACUUUUGACUCGGCGACGUUUGAAAUCAAA